UUUCUCGUACUCCGUCAAAAUUCCGUUCAGGCGGCUAACUACGAGGCCCCCUUACCUCCAAUCUCUCCGCUCCCCUGAUCGGGGAGAUGACCCGGUGCACCCCCGCACGCUAUGGUAUAAGGUCAGGGCGUUCAGUCUUGUCAUGGUGCGAUUUCUCAAGCGGGGGCACGGCUUCGACAAGUCGGAGGAGGGAGACGAGGUGUGCGAGGUAGGAGGGCACCAGGCUCAUAGCCUGAUUCUGGAGGGCAGUGAGAAUGGCUUCGGAGUUGAGGAGGAUAUCUUCUUCCAUAGCCAAGGGGCAGGCGCAGGCCGCCCUCUUGGGGCGCAGCAGAUUGGCUCCGUGCUCGAACGCUCGUCGGGUAUAGGCCCGAGGUCUCGACAGCGCAAGGAUGGAGGUGCUCGAGCUGGACCGCCAUCAGAUAUGGAGUUGAUGAAGGAGAGGUUCACAAAGCUGCUUCUUGGUGAGGACAUGUCUGGUGGUGGUAAGGGAGUUUCAUCAGCUCUUGCUCUCUCCAAUGCCAUCACCAACCUUGCUGCAUCCGUUUUUGGUGAGCAAUGGCGUUUGGAGCCUAUGUCUGCUGAAAGAAAAGCUAGGUGGAGGAAAGAAAUCGGUUGGCUUUUGUCGGUCACCGACUAUAUCGUAGAAUUCGUUCCUUCCCGGCAGACAUCGAAGGAUGGAUCCAUCAUGGAGAUAAUGAUCACUCAACAACGCAAAGAUCUUCAAUUGAACAUUCCUGCGCUGCGCAAACUCGACGCAAUGCUCAUCGGCUACCUGGACAACUUCAAGGACCAGAACGAGUUCUGGUACGUAUCAAGAGACGCUGAUGAAUCUGAGAAAGGUGCACAGAGAAAAGACGACAAAUGGUGGCUUCCGACGGUGAGAGUCCCUCCCAAUGGACUCUCGGAUGUCUCCAAGAGAUGGCUGCAGUUUCAGAAGGAAUCAGUCAACCAAGUACUCAAGGCAGCAAUGGCAAUCAAUGCUCAGGUCCUUAUGGAAAUGGAGGUCCCUGAAGCCUACAUCGACUCCCUUCCCAAGAAUGGGAGGGCAAGCCUAGGAGAAUCGAUUUACAGGAACGUUACAGAUGAUGUCUUUGACCCUGGAGAGUUCCUCGAAACGAUGGACUUGUCGACGGAGCACAAGGUCCUCGACCUCAAGAACCGAAUCGAGGCCUCCAUUGUCAUCUGGAAGAGGAAAAUGCACGACAAAGACAGCAAGUCCACCUGGGGUUCGGCUGUCAGCUUGGAGAAGAGGGAGCAGUUUGAAGAAAGAGCCGAGACCAUCUUGCUCCUCAUCAAGCAGAGGUUUCCUGGACUCCCUCAAACAUCUCUCGACAUAAGCAAGAUCCAAUACAACAGAGAUGUUGGACUGUCGAUCCUGGAAAGCUACUCAAGGAUUCUGGAAAGCUUGGCUUUCACAGUAAUGUCCCGAAUCGAGGAUGUCAUCUACGCGGACUCUCUGGCUCAAAAUCCAGCAACCAAGAAUUCCAACAGGAGGCAAUCCCUGCAUGAUGCAGCAGCAGUGAAGAAGCUGCACGCGAAAGAAGAACCGGAGUCGCCGUCGUCGAUGACCCUGUCAGAUUUCAUGGGUUGGAACUUUGAGCCAGAACCAGUCAUGAAGAAGAACUCCGGGUACGUGGACGACAUCAUAAGCUCGAAGAAGAAGCCUCCUGACGUCGAGGCCGUGAAGAAAGUCUCCUACAUAGAGAGGGUAGAGCACGUAGGUGGCAUGCGAAGUCCUACAGCUCGCCAUUAAAGAGUACUGCAGAGGGAAAGAGAAGCCGCUUUGGGUCAAGUGUGGAUAGCUCACACAGGCAUAUUGAAAGCCUUUGGUAGGUCUCAUGUUAUACUGACAUCGAUAAGGACAAACACGAUAUUUUCCCAACUCUGUAAUUGUUUCCCACUAUGCUUAUAAGGGAUUGAAGACAACAUAUUUGUAAGUAUAUUUUGGAUAAGAAAAUUCAAAUGAUCAAAAAUACCUCAAAACCUUAAAAUCAA